AUGUUGACAAUUCACACCAGUGCACACCUUGGACCUGAAGGGGUAGGUACGCGUCUCUGUGUGCUGCCUAACCUAACCUAACCUAAUCUAACUUAACCUAACCUAACAACCAAAUCUAGGUUAACAUAACAUAACCUAGUCUAACCUAAUCUAACUUGACCUAACCUAACCUAACCUAACCUAACCAAGCCGAGCCUAACCAAACGUAACCUAACCCAAGCUAACCAGAUAACAAGAUAAGCACUCCAUUACGUCAUACAAACAAUAUAAAUAACAGUGAAGGACAAAAAGUGCUGGAAACAAACAGUAACAGUGUAAAGUGUCUGGUGAUGGUGACGGUGACGGUGCGUGGUGUUGGUGAAGAAGGAAGCCAUGCCAUUCCCUGACGUGACGGGAGGUGGGACGGCGUGGGACGGCGGCAGUCUGUCAGGUGACAGAGUGGUGCAGCUAGCGGAGGAGGGAAGUGUUGAGCGGGAGAGCGAGGUGCCACGUUUUCCUGAGAUCCUGCGCCCUCCUGUUCAGGCUCUCCAGGGCAGUGAAGAGCAGAGGCCCCCAACACUUACCCUGCAGGAGGCACCAACGGGGAGGAGUGCAGCUGAAGACAAUAUCUGGUCAACAGGACUCGCCUCAUGGGACCCUUUCUCUAGUCUGACUGAGGACCUGAAUGACGGAAGCCUGACAGAGACGAGAGAGACUGUGGAGGAAGCACCCUUGAGCCCAGAAGGAGGAGGAGGAGGAGGAGGAGGAGCGAUUGGAAGUGGUAGUGAAGGAGAGAGGGAAGGAGGAGGAGGAGGAGGGGAGAAGGAGCAACCUCGUGUGUAUGUCUCCUCAGCGAGCCCCAGCAGAAGGCCUCCAGACCUCGUUUUCUUUCAAGAGGGUGACGUGACUCCUCCCUCAUCAGCUGUGAUGCGCAACACACCCUCCAGCAUCCCCUCCAACUCUCACAGGAUGGCGCAGGACAUCCGCAGCUACACGUCUUACGAGAGCGUACAACUGCCGGGGAGCAUCAUGGACGACACGCGCCCCCUGGCCAACUCGGACUCACUGCAGGCCAAAUACGACAAGUACCAGAACCACUUCAAGCUGCAGAAAGGCUCCGACGACUCCAAGGUAAGAAAGACAGUGGAGACCCUCUUCUUCCGCGACAACAAGCGACGCAUUGACUUCGUGCUGGUGUUCAAGGAUGAUGGGGAUGAGGAUCUGGCGGAGAGUAGGCGAGUCUUCCAGGAGAACUUGAUGGAGGAGGGCCUGGAGCUGGAGACUGAGGACAAGACGCAAUCACAAGACGGAGAGACUUAUUUCGUCAAGAUUCACGUUCCUUGGGACUUGCUGGCGCGCUAUGCUGAGAUUAUGAAGCUGAAGAAACCCAUCAAGAGAUUUAUUGUGAUUCGAGGAGGCGAAGUCUGGAAGGACGAUACGGAUCAGAAGAGCCGUGGUCUGUAUGGCUGGCUGGGAAUGAAAGACCCGUUCCAGUACAACCACGAUCGAAUCCCGCCAGAACCUAAUUAUUUCUCAACGGGGUUCUCCAGGUCCCACAUUGAGCAGUUGGGCGUGGUCGUGAACCCUCCAAGGUUGGUGGUGUCCGCAACUUGCACACGAUCCAACAGGCUAUUGGUGGACUUCCAGAGAACCUUGAACAAGAGCGGGUUCAUCAUCAAGGACAGAGAAACCUUCUUCUCUCCGGCGCAGCGCAGUCAAAUAGCGUGGGAAAUCCUGCUUCGUGUUCGCUACUCUAGUGCUGAACUGGGUGUUGGCAUCACGCGUCUCCUUUCCAGCCACACAUACGUGGCCGCCUUCCCUCUUCACGACGGCCGCUACGACAAGGAUGGUCCCGAUGGCGCGCUGUGUGAUAGAAGGCUGUUGUACCUUGAGUGGGCGUACUACACCAACUGGUACAAGAGGCAGCCCCUACACGUGGUGCGCCGCUACUUCGGGGACAAGAUGGCCCUCUACUUCGCCUGGUUGGGCUUCUACACCGAAAUGCUCAUUCCGGCCGCCGUGCUGGGAACCUUCACCUUCAUCUGCGGCCUCUUCAUCAUGUUCUCUGACUUCAACCAGCCCAGUACAGAGAUCUGCAGCCAGGAGUCCAACAGCACUGGCUCCAUCAUCAUGUGUCCGCUGUGUGACAAACUGUGUGACUUCUGGAAGCUGAAGGACUCGUGCCUCAACUCCCGCAUCACAUUCCUGUUUGACAACCCCAUGACCGUCUUCUUCUCCAUCGCCAUGUCCUUCUGGGCCACAAUGUUUCUGGAGCUGUGGAAGAGGAAACAGGCCGUCAUUCAGUGGCAGUGGGAUCUGGAGAACUACGAGGAGGAGGAGGAGCUGCGGCCAGAGUUUGAGGAGAAGGUGACCACCACAAGGAUCAACCCGGUGACCAACAAGCCUGAACCGUACCUGCCACUUUGGAGCCAAAUAACUCGGCUGGUAGCCACGCAUUCCAUUGUUAUCAUGAUGCUGCUGGUGGUGCUGGCGGCGGUGGUGAGCGUUAUCAUGUACCGCAUGGCCAUUGCUGUUGCCAUGUACAAGACUGAAUCGCCACUGUUCCGCCGCAAUGCCAAGCUAGUCACCUCCAUCACGGCUGCCAGCCUCAACCUGGUCGUCAUUAUCAUCUUCAACUUUUUCUAUGAGAAGAUAGUGGUGUGGCUGACCAACCUGGAGGUGCCCAGGACGGAGACGGAGUAUGAGGAUUCCUUCACGCUCAAGAUGUUCCUCUUCCAGUUUGUCAACUAUUACUCCUCCCUCAUCUAUAUUGCUUUCUUCAAGGGCCGUUUCUUCUACCAUCCUGGGGAUGAGGAGGCGCGGACCAACGUGUUGAUGCAGCUACGCUAUGACAUGUGUGACCCAGCUGGUUGCUUGUUUGAGCUCUUUGUGCAACUGGCAAUCAUCAUGAUUGGCAAGCAAAUCUUCAACAAUGUGAUAGAAAUAUUUAUCCCCAUCAUGAAGGUGUGGUGGAACAAGCGGCGUGGCCACAACAACCAGCUGAGUGAGGCAUACACACGUUGGGAGCAAGACUACGACCUGGAACCUUACACUCGCCUCUCCCUCUUCAAUGAGUAUCUGGAGAUGGUGAUCCAGUACGGGUUUGUCACCAUCUUCGUGGCAGCGUUCCCACUCGCGCCAAUCUUUGCGCUGCUCAACAACAUCGUGGAGAUCCGCAUCGACGCCUACAAGUACCUUAGUAAGUGCCGGCGUCCCAGGGCAGAGCGGGUCCAGGACAUCGGCAUCUGGUUCGGCAUCCUCAAGGGCAUCACCUACUUCUCCGUCUUCACCAACGCAGUGGUCAUCUCGUACACCAGUGAUUUCAUCCCCCGGCUGGUGUAUAUGUACGGCUACUCCCCAAAGCAUAACUUGGUGGGGUACAUCAGGAACACUCUCUCAGUCUUCAACACCUCGGAGUACAAGGAUAACAUGGGGCCAGAGAAGCGUGAUGGGUGGCCCCCUGUGUGUCACUACCGAGCCUAUCGCAACGGCCCAGAUGAGGAGAACCCAUAUGACAUUAACCAGCAGUUCUGGCAUGUGUUCACUGCUCGUCUUGCCUUCAUCCUGAUCUUUGAGCAUGUGGUGUUCCUGCUGACUGGAGCUGUGGCCAUGGCUAUUCCUGACAUCCCAGUGGAGGUGCGGAACCAGAUGAAGAGAGAGAAGAAGGUGGAGAAGGAGACGCUCUUUGAAAAUGAAAUGCGCAAGAUUCGCCAGGAGAGGCAGGAGCGCCAGGUGCUGACCCCUGAGGAGGACCAUCUCAACGUUGACCUUGGGGAGGGCCUGCACACCACCUGCAACUCACGUGCCGCCAGCCCCCUCAUGACCACACACAAGUCCAGGGAGACGCACUCAUAG